AUCUCUGCGACUGUGUUCAUGCGAACCGCACCAUGUAAUACUGCCUUUGUACUUCCGAAUUCAGAAUAAUCGGCGAUUCCAAAUAUGAAUUAAUUAAAAUAAAUUGACACGUCAACGUGAUUCGUGAUUAGUUUACAGGUGAAGUUUUAAGAAGCCAUUUUUCACGCGAACAAUUUUGUGAGCAAGUAAAUUACUCAACACCGAGACGUAUCACCGAAUCGGAUAUUACCGAAGAAAAGUUAUGCGUCUAGACGCGCUCCCCUCUUUUGCGAAGGAAAAAUGUCAGAUGACAGUUCCAAUAUAACACACGCGCUAACCAACUUAUUCGAAGAGAUGUUACUGGCCACUGAAGUAGAGAAUGAAAAUAAAAGUUCAAUAGACCUGUCGCAGUUUCUCUCAGCAUUGAAGGAGCAGUCUUCCAAAAAUAGUAGCCAUGAACCUUUGGAUUUCGGGACUUUAGUGAAAUUAGUGGAUGGAUGGAGAAGUAGGCUUAACUUGACGAAAAGCACUGAGAUAAGCUGCGAUUACUGCGAGGGAAACUUUCGUGAUGUUAUCUUGGCCUACAACAGCAUUCAUGGAUACCUUAGUCUUAUCGUCUGUUUUUUCGGAAGCCUGGCAAAUGCGCUGAACGUGGCCGUGCUGACGCGGCGCGACUUGGCUGCGGCGCCCAUCAACCGGCUGCUGAAGUGGCUCGCCGUGGCCGACGUCUUCGUCAUGAUGGAGUACGUCCCGUUCGCGGUCUACAGGUAUCUGAUUCUACCCGGUCAACGCGAAAUGCCGUACAAGUGGGCGGCGUAUCUUCUCUUCCACAUGCACUUCGCGCAGAUCUUCCACACGGCUUCCAUAUGUCUCACAUUGUCUUUGGCGGUUUGGAGAUACGUCGCUAUCAAAUACUCUGACAGGAACCACAUUCUAUGCACGGAGAGGCGUUGCAGCACAGCUAUACUCAGCAGUUUUAUUCUGCCUCCUAUACUCUGUAUACCUACAUUUAUGGUGUUCGACAUUCACACUACCGUGGUCUUGGAGCCAACAGGGCCCAUGAUAUUGUACUACGUGGACUCCGACCCGGAAGGACAGCUAUACAACGUUAACUUCUGGGUCCAUGCCGUCGUCAUCAAGCUCCUGCCGUGCUGCAUCUUGACUGUCAUAAGUCUAUGGUUGAUAAGAGAGGUGUACAGCGCGAACCAACAUCAGAAAAAAGUUCGAGUCUACAAUGCGUGCCCAACUAAUAACAAAACAGUCAAAAGGCAGUGCAAAGCAGACAGAAGAACAAACAGAACCACAAAAAUGUUGGUAGCUGUCCUACUUCUAUUCCUAGCGACGGAACUGCCUCAAGGAAUAUUAGGGCUGUUGAGUGGAUUAUUAGGACGAUGUUUUUUCAAGAGAUGCUACGAUCUUUUCGGGGAGUUAAUGGACGCGCUGGCUCUUCUCAAUGGAGCCAUAAAUUUCGUGCUGUACUGCUCAAUGUCUCGCCAGUUCCGGAUGACGUUCGGUCAGAUGAUGUGGAGAUCCCAUUUGCACAAGUGGCCUCCGCCAACUGCUUCACAUUCCGAUGGGCAGAAUACGGCAAAGACUUCGGUUCCGUGAGGAAGGAUAGUACAAGAGAAACGAGCGAGUGUAAUGCAGCAGUUCCUGUAAAUAAAUAAAUAUUUCAUAAUUUUAUUUAAAUUAAUUAUUUUUCAAAUACAUACCUCGAUGGAAAAGAUUGUAAAUUUGUUUGUUUCAUAAAAGGUCAUACAUAGUUGAGUAAAGAAGCUUUUUAAAAAAUAGAUUACGGAUUCAUCACCAUUAUUCGGCAUGAUAUGGUUAUAUAAGUAUUUUACAGGCUCAGAUGU